AUUCCCGUGAGGGAAUUUUGUCAUGCGCACCCGCCCCCCCAAGAUCGACGCUCUAUGCCGGUUAAGCUCGAUCUCAUGGCGAUCCUGGAUCUUGUUCAGUGACAUUACUGUUCAGCGACAUAAUAUCUGCAGGGUGACGCGCACGUCGUUAGGGCAGUGGAAGAUCACAUCCAAGUCACCGAAAAACUCUACCGGGAUGUGCUUACCGUCGCCAAGCAUGAGUAGUCGCUCCUCCGGGAGCGGCGGGCGCCUGUUGUACACCUUUUCCCCAGCAGGGACCACGUGGACUACGGCGCCGGUGUCUCCAAGGAAGACCGUCGAACCCGGGGGAUGUGGGAAAAGGUCGGGUGUUUCGUGCACGGGGGGGGAUGAGGUACCGGAACAGACAAGGUGCAUCGCAAAGAGACCACCACCGAAGGUACCCUCGCCGUCGCCAAGCGUCUCAGGGCCCGCUCCCGCCGCGUCACCACCGCCGCUGCCGCCGCCAUUUUCACCUUCCAUGCCGGCGCCGCCGUGGAAAAUGUCGACAAAAUCAAAGUAGGGCUCGCCCGGUGUCACGAUCUGCUGCUGUACGGUCGCCCCACCGCUACCACCGCCAUCGCCACCGCCGCUGCCGCCACCGCCACCACCACCGUUGCCGCCGCCACCAGCGCCGGCCAGCAUGGUGUCACUGUAGUAUACGCCAUCGGCCGCCGGGACAUCACGAAAUUGGACGGCCGAUGUAUCCGCGGUGGUGUACGCGUGCUCCGGACCGAGGGCACCAGCAGAAGUGACGACGUUGAGGUGGGGGUGCCGGUUGCUCUUGGCACAGUUGCGCCACAUGUGACCGAAGUGGCCGCAUGCACCGCACGUGCCCUCGAACCUGCGGGGGGCGGCGCAAUCUAUGGCGUGGUGACCGUGCCUUCCACAGCGGCCGCAUCUGUGCACUGUGCCCAUCGGCGCGCCAGGUGGAGGUGGUGACUCCGGUUGAUGAUACACGGCAUUACUACCGCAAUCGUAGAUGCCACCAACACCGUUCAUAGCGGGUUGUUGCUGCUGCCGCUGCUACUGCGGCUGCCGGUACGGCUGCAUCUGCAACUGCUGUUGGUAUGUCUGUUGCUGUCGCAUCUGAUGUUGCGGCUGUUGGUACGACUGUUGCAUCUGCACCUGCUGGUGCGGCUGUUGGUGCGGCUGUUGGUGCGGCUGUUGCACCUGCCGCUGCGGCUGUUGCGGCUGCCGGUACUGCUGCACCUGCAACUGCGGCUGUUGCGGUUGGACAGCACCGCCCCCAGAGGACCAGUGUUGCCCGCGGCCGUCGCCGUUGUUGCCAUUCCGCCGUUGGCCUCCGCCCCCCCCGCUCCCCCCGUUGCCGCCGUGUCCGAAACCACAGCCCACAACAAGGGCAUGAGGGUUGGCAGAAACCGCCGGCGUCGCAGCUGCCGACCCUCGCUCCCUCAUCUCGCUGGCCUUGAGCGUGGCAUAUCGACCACGCACGACGUCCUGCAACUCAGCGCGGGUUAAAUCACGCUUGGAAAGACUGGUGCGCUUCUCAACAUCGUAGCGUGCGGGGAGUUGGCCCACAAGGAUCUGCACAACUUCCUGCUCACUCUUAGCAAUGCCCACAGCCCGCAACUUGGUCUCCAGUUGUGGGGCGCACGAGAAGAACAGCUUGGGGUCUUCAUCAUUAUUCAUGGUAAGAUUGUCUAGCUCGGUGACGAGAAGCUGACAAUCAGCUGGGUGGUUAGGCAAAAACCAAUCCCCCAUCAUCCUCCACGCUUCUGCCACGGAAUGGCAAGAGUACAGGUUGUUCUCAAAUGGGGCCCCCACCGCUGCCUCCAAGAUAAAACUCCAUGUCCUCUUGUGCUCAACAACCAGCUGUGCACCAUACUGGCGAGUCAAGUAUCCUUCAUCCUGACAACUGACAACGGGAACCUCAGCACUGCCGGAGAUUGUGUGCUGGAGAUUAUCGUUGUCCACGUCGGCCAGAAAGCGUCUCCGCCAACUGAGAAAGGUGUCGGCGGUACAAUUUGACGGGAUUCUAGGCACAGGAGUUCUGACAAUUGUAUCUCCCAAAGGCAAACCCGGCACCCCAGUACCGCCAUCAUGACUCACCCUGCGUGGCCACAUUGGCCUCACCGGUCAGAUGAAGCCCCUCCAAGAGCAACUAGACCGUCGCCUCCUGGGCUGCUGCCGGCAGGUGUACCCGCCGACCACCGCUGUGCUGCCCUAAGCUCCUCGGUCUCAGCCUUGGCCUCCUUCGUCUCAGCCUUGACAACAUCUAUAGCUCGUAGCGCCUCAUCCAACCUAGCGCGCAGAGCUGCGUCCUCCUCCGUUCCAGACAAAUCAAACUAAAACUCUAAACCCUCCCUGCUGUCCCAGCCUCGAAGCGCUGUCCCAGCUAUUAACCCUGCUGUCCCGGUCCCCGCCAUGGCCACCGCACCAGCUAUGCACUGCUGUCCUCGCCCCGAUGGCCCAGCUCCCA